GUUUCCCAGUCUUUCUAUUUUUCUCAUUUUCAUUUUUUAAUUUUUCGCUCCUUCCACCAUCAGCAUGAUCGGACGAGGUGGACGAGGCGGGUUUCAGCAGCAGCAGCAGCAGCAGCGUGGCGGUGGCCGCGGCGGUCGCGGAGGGGCAGGAGGACGAGGCCGUGGCGGUGGUCGUGGCGGCGGUCGGUCGUUCUCGCGCCCAUCGUCCGACAGCAGCCACAGCCACAGCAACGGCAACGGCAAUGGCAAUGGCAUGAGCAAGCCGCAGCGUCGUCCGCGUGCACGGAGCGAGCUGGACGUGUACGAAGAGGAGGACGUUGCUGACAAUCCGAACGAGCUGCGCCGCAUGGACAACGUCGACAUUUACGAGUACGAGCUGCCCGAGAACUUUGUCGACGAAGAGAUUGACGAGGACGAGGCAUUCACGGCGGAAGACUAUCUGCGCUAUGGCAACGUCGGAGGCGACAGCAACAGCAAGAAGAACAAGAGCAAGUCCAAGGCAAAGAGCGUCAAAUUCACACCAGACAUGUUCAUCAACAUGGACGAGAACGACAGCGGGCGAUCUGCUCGCGGGAGACGGGACGACGACGACGACGACGAUGAGGACGACGACGAAGUCGAUCUCAGCGAGAACAAUCCCGAAGCCAUGGACAUUUCAGAGCUCCUCGAUGCUGACUACGACGAAGACGAGGACGACGACGAUACGGUCCAGACGGGCAAAGGCGCAAAAGCAGACAGCAAGAGCAAAAAGCAAGCAACCAAGAAGCAGCCCGCGUCCAAGUCUGGCAAGAAGGCUGCUCCCCAAUCAAGCGACGAGGACGAGGACGAUGAUGACGAGGACGACGACGACGACGACACGAUCUUUGACGACGACGACGACGACGAGGACGAGGACGACGACGAAGAUGGCGACGACGACGACGAUGAGGAAGACGACAGCCCCGCUGCCAGUCGGCUGAAUCGCCUCGUCGCUUCAAUCGAGUCGCUCAGCAGCGCCAAGGGCGGCAAGAAGCCCGCAAAACCAAAGCGACAGCAGGAGCGCACCGAAGUGAUUGGAGAAUCCGAGUUCAACCUCAGCCGUCGUAAAGUAGCCACUGGCGACGAGGACGACGACGACGACGACGACGACGAUGAUGAUUCCGUCGGUGAAGUCGACAUGAAUGAUCUGCUCGGCGAGCUCGGCGACACGGCCGAGUUUGCGGCGCUCAAGUCUAAGCUCGGCAAACUCGCCAAGUCGGUCGCCAAAAACUCCAAGUUGCCCCUCUCUAGCCAGCUCAGUCGCAAGUCCACCGCAACGAGCACAGGCGAGCGCGUGCAGGUUGGCGCUCUAUCCAGUGCUGCCAAGCUGUCAGUUCCGCUAUCACAGUUUGAAAACCAGCGAAUUCAACGCAUGGUGGCGUACGAGGACACCUCCCGCGACAUUUCCAAGUGGGUGCCGACUGUCAAGCGAAUGCGUGAAGCCGAACACCUCAGCUUCCCCUUGAACGCUCCCCAUAGUGCUCCCGCAGUGACCAGCGCGACCCUCGCGACCAAGUACACCCCGCAGAGCGACAUGGAGCGCCAAAUCAGUGAAGUGCUGCAGGCCAGCGGUGGUUCUGCCAGCGGCGCAGGCAUUGAGCGUGUCAUGAUUGAAAGCGAGCAGGCAAUGCUUGCCGACCGCAGCAUGACACCGGAAGAGCAAAAAGAACGGCAACGGCAACUUGGUCAGAUGCGCGCCAUGCUCUCGUACUAUGAGGCCAAGUGCAAGCGUAUCAAGAAGAUCAAGAGCAAGACGUACCAUCGCAUCAAGAACAAGGCUCUCAAGCGCAAGGCCGGCGAGGCUGGUGCAGAAGAGGAGGAAAUGUCGCUCGAAGCGCUGGAAAAGCUCGAUCCCGAGGCGGCGCGCGAGCAGCGCAACCAGCUUGAGCGCGACCGUGCCGAAGAACGCCUGACUCUUCGUCACAAAAACACAUCCAAGUGGGCUCGCAAUAUGCUGGCGCGAGGACAUCUCGACGCCAACGAGAAGCAAGCCAUGCAAGACCAGCUCCAGCGCGGCGACAUCCUUCGCCGUCGUGUUGCAUCUGGCGAUGAUGGCUCGGAUGACGAUGGUCAAGGCGAAGGCAACUUGGAUGGUGGUGACAAUGACGACAAUGACGACGACGACGACGACGACGACAAUGAGGACGAAGGCACCCGCCGAGGGCGCCUCGACAAGAUUGAGUCAGAACUGGACAAGGCCUUGCCCGCCGGUGGCCUGAUGGGCCUCAAGUUUAUGCAGCGUGCGCUUGAAAAGAAGCGCCAGGAGGCUCGUCUCUUGCUGAGCGAUCUGCGAGAUGAAAUGGAGACCGAGCUCGAAGGCGACGGGCUGGACGCUGCUACUACUCCUCAGAAGCGCCCGGCGGAUGACACCAACGACAAUGGACGCAAGCGCAUUCGCAUGCAUGGCAAUGAUUCGGAGCAGGACGACGACGAUGAAGAGUACGAUCAGCUGGAGGAUCCAAUGUUGGCGGCCAAGCGUCGUGAGGCUCGCGAACAAGCCGCCCGCGAUCAGGCACGCUCUAGCACCGUUGCAGGCCGAAGAACCUUUGGCCAGCAAGCAGACGGCAAAAAAUCGGUCAACUCUCCCGCCAGCAGCAAGGCCGCCGUUCGGGCGGUGGACAAGCAAUUCACCGCCGACGGUGCUUUGCAGAUUGACAGCGUCGCGAUGAGCGCCGGCCAUUCGACGCGCGUCAGCGGAUUUUUGACUGUUGGUGACGGCUCUGCAGACAUGGUCGAAGCGACGGACGCGAGUGCCACCACGUCCAGCGAUGGCAUUGUCAACCGUGUCAAGUCGUUCGACGAAAACAAGGAUACCACCGCGCCCCUUUCACGCCGUGCUGCCAAGCGCCAGCAACAGCAACAGCAACAGCAGCAACUCGAGCAGGCCGCUGCGGCACAGCAGGAACAACAGCCUCACGCAACUGACGCUGCUGGUGAAGACGAGGACGACGACAUGGAAGGAGGAGCCAACCCGUGGCUCUCUGCCGCUUCUGGGCUCGAUGAUGAGCACACGCGCAGCGGCUCCAAUCUGCGUGCGGCCUCCGCAUUGGCUGGUGGUCGCAAGGCACCUUCCAACGCCUCCAUCUCAAAGCAAGCGAACGCGCCCACGCUCGGGCGUGUCGACAAGCAGCUCGCCAAGGCCGCCAAGGGCGUGCUGGAUGCCAAGCGAGCAGAGACUGCUGCCCAGCUCAAGAACGUUAACAUUGACACGUCUGUCGGCGCCACGUCGCUUGCAACCAAGCAGGCGCAGCGCGCUGCCGUGUCCGCCAGCUUGGACGACCAGGACGACGAGGAUGACUAUGUGCUCGAUCCUUCCACGGCUGUGCUGAUGGACGACGACGCGCCACGCACUUCCAAGCGCAGCGCCGCUUCGGCCGCCGCAGCCAUGGACUUGACCACCAGCUCUGCCGAGCAGCGCAAGCUGAUUGAGCGCGCGUUCGCGAACGACAAUGUUGUGGCCGAAUUCGAGGCUGAAAAGCGCGCCCUCGUCGAGGCCGAUGCCCCCAAGGACGAGGACGUGACUUUGCCCGGUUGGGGUGCAUGGGGUGGCGAGGGUAUUGCCGACCCGUUCCCGAAGAAGCGCGAAAUCAAGAAGGCUGCGCCUGGCGCAAACAAGCCUCGCGCCGAUGCCAAGCUCAAGCACGUCAUCAUUAACGAAAAGCUGGAUCGCAAGGCUGCCAAGCUGCAGGUCGGCAACCUUCCCCACCCCUUCGCAGAUCGCAUGCACUUUGAAAAGACGAUGGCCAUGCCUGUUGGCAAGGAGUGGAACACUGCCAGCACCUUCCACAAGCUCGUCAAGCCCAAGGUUUCGGUCAAGACGGGCACCAUCAUCGAGCCUCUUAACAUUACCAAGGACGUUAUCACACAAAAGAAGGCAAUUGCAACUGCCCACCAGCAUGCCGAGCGCAAGAAGAGCGCCAAGACUGCUCGUGCGUGAACAAGUUAUUGCCAUGUUUUUUUAACAAAAUCUCUUCGUUGUUUUUUUCUUUUGUUUCCUUCUGCAUUGCUGUGCUUUGCUGUUUUCCAUGUAAUACCAAACAAUCCAACGUUGUUAAACUUCUUCUUGUGUUAAGGUCAACAUGGUCGUGUUUAUUCAAACCUCGGGAA